ACCUCUUAGAAUGCCGUGUGCAUAUGUGCGAAGCGGUGUCAUUCGAUCUGGGGCGAUCAUUUUAACAUUUAAGUUUUAUGGCAGAUGUAAGAGAACUAAAGCGGAGUGGUGUUCCUGACGUAAAAUAUAAAAAAGAUAGAAGAUGGAGGAAAGGACUUGUAAUUCUCGGCGUUACAGGGGCAGUAGUUGGAGGCCUGUAUGCCGUUGCUACUCCAUUCAUUCUUCCAGCCUUUCGCCGGGUUUGCUUGCCUUACGUCCCCGCCACGACGGCGCAAGUUGACAAUGUGUUUUCAGUCCUCAAGCGUGCCUCGACCUCCACUUCUACUACUAAUCAAACAUUGAAUGCAGUACGUGGGACUGAAGUGAGAAAGAUUCUCGUGGACCUAGGUAGUGGAGAUGGCAGAAUCGUAAUAGAAGGAGCGAAGCAAGGGUACCAUGGUGUUGGAUAUGAACUCAAUCCAUGGCUUGUCUGGUAUUCAAGAAUAGCUUCUCGUCAAGCAGGAAUGAAACACAGAACCUCGUUUCAUCGGACCAAUCUCUGGAAUGUUGACCUGAGCAAGUUUGAUGUCAUUGUUAUAUUCGGAGUAUCACAAAUGAUGGCUGCCCUGGAAAGCAAGAUUUCAGCCGAGAUGAAGCCUUCCACUUUGGUCGUUGCUUGCCGUUUUCCCAUCCCUGACUGGGAGCCCCAUUUAUGCGAAGGUACAGGAGUUGAUGAGGUAUGGCUAUACAGGGCGUCUAGUAAAAAUGUGACUGGUGUAAGAACUGAGGUGUCAUCCAGCGAGGUAUCAUGAGUCCACGGGUACUAAUUAAUCUUGAGAGUAAUUGGUCGAUGAAAGCACCAUAACUUCAGCUCAAUGCCAUCUCUAUGGAAGGCCAAGUUCGACAAUUACUCGUCUGUGAACAGACAAAUGCUUUCCAUGCGCAAAUUUAAUGCAUAUGCAAUUGGACCAAUCAGCAGUGUUUUGUGUAUCUAAACCGAAUCCAAGAUGUCCAGCUUUGCCUUCCAUAAUGGUGGCGUCGAGCUGGAGACUUUAUGACACAACCAUGAAACGGAGUCAAGGGAUCUACUGGUCUUGGAUAAUAGAUUAAGUGUUACUCUGCAGAUGAUGAUGGAAAUUUUUUCUGUGAAGUGUUUCAGUUCAGAGUGGCGUUUCAUAAAGCUGUUGUAAGUUACAAGUGACGUUACGCACGUGUGGUGACCCGUUCUGGUUGCCAAAACAAGGGCACAUUUCAUAAAAAAUUUAUAAUUACAAAUUUUCAAAAAGUUUUAAGCUACUGAAAUCAAUUGAUUUGAUUGGCUAAAAAUAAACUUGUGCAUUUGUUAUUAUAACAAGUUUUUAUGAAACAGGGCAUGUAUUGUCAAUCAUUUUCAUACCCAUCUACAGUUAAUAUCCUCUCUUUGGUGAUUAACAUUUGUAUUUUCAGCAAGCAUUUUUGAAUGGUAAAUUCAGUAAUUUAUCAAAGUCUGCUGUAAUAUGUAUAGAAAUUCACUGCUGAUAUGCUAAAACAGGGAAAUUUGGGGUAUCUCAUUUAGCAUAAGAAAUGGUAUAUGAUUGUCGAGCUCUAUGAAACGCCCCCCCCCCCCCAUGGUGUUAUCAGUUCGAAUGGAUACAUCUUUGUGAUCAUCUUGAAUUCUUCAAAUGAAUGGAAGCUUGAUCACACGAUGGAGUAUUUACAUAAUAUUUACUGGCCUUGAGGGGAACAUCAAAUAUGUCGCCCGCAACAGAAUCAUAUUGGCCCGAGUCUUUAGACGAGGGCAAUAUGGCUCUUUUAAGGGCAACAUAUUUGAUGUUACCCGAAAGAAGAGCCAGUCAAUAUUAUUAUUAUUACCUAAGGCUGUACAAUGCGUAAUUCAAGCUAUUAUUUGGAACAAUUUAUAGGCGUGUUUGCUUAUCACUACUUCUAAUUUCAGGUUAUUUAUGACCUAAGCGAAGUAACCCUUAACAGCUUAAUAAGCGAUUGUGACGUAAAUUGUUACCUUGCAGUCGCGCAUCAUGCAUGGCGCGCAAAUAGACUUAACGCGUGCCGUAGAAAUCUACAGUGCGUUGGCUCAUAAACUGGUUCUAGCCAGUUUUUUCAAAUACUGAAAUUAGCGAUCAAAAUCGGCUCCUACUGCGCAAGCGCAUUAGCAGAAAUAUGGCCAUUAUUGCCCUCUGUUUUGUACAGGAUUCCUAUGGGCAAAGUCCGAGGAGGGCAACAUGGCAAAUGUUUACCUAGUUGGUCUCGGAUUGAAAGUAGCGAGCGAAAUAUGACUUUAUCUGCUAAAAUGCCUUGUAUAGGUAAUAAUCUUUGAUAUUUCCUUGAAUUGCAUGGUAAAAAAAAAAUGUUUUUUCUACUGCCUACUGGUACCAGGUAGCUUUGUACAAUGCUUAUGGGAAUUACAGAAUCCAGUUGUCAUUGGGGUAUAUGUUUUUGUCUUUUCAUUAUCUGCAAAUCCCCCCUUGUACCCAUGCAUGGCAACGCUUGUUGGAGUAGCCCUUUCCAUGUGUCAUUCUCAACUUCGAUAAUUGUCCAAUUAAGGAUGGGAUUAAAGAAGUCAUGACUAUGAUUUUCUCCAUUUAUAAAAGGAUUGCUUCUUGGAGAAAACUAUCUAAAGACUUUAAGAAAUGACAUCAAUGUAUCUUUUUUUUUCUUUUUCCAGUAUUUGCUAAUGAUAUUACUCUCCAUGUUACUCUGUCGUGUGAAAAAUACCAGGUCUCCAAAUGACAUAUGAAUGCGACAGUUUGUCUCUGUGCACUGAUUGUGCAAGAGUUGCAGAUCAAAUAUAUAUAUUAUUAAUAAAUAUAUUGGAAAUAAUAGAA